AUGUCCAACCUCAAGCGAAAAGCGGGCGGCGCAGCUGAAGGAAACGACUCGAAAAAGCCAAAGGCAAAUGGCAGCAUCACCUCGUUCUUUGGAGCUCCCAAAGUUGCUGCUCCAAGCACAAACGCAGCAAACGUCCGUGGGCCGUCAAGUCCCAGCUUUGACAAGCAGAAAUGGGUGGAUAGCCUGAAGCCGGAGCAGCGUGAGCUCUUGAAACUCGAGAUUGACACUUUGCAUGAGAGCUGGCUGGCCCAGUUGAAAGAUGACAUUGUCACGAAGGAGUUUCUGGAUCUCAAACGGUUCCUGGCGGCCGAGACCAAGGCCAAGAAGAAGUGGUUCCCUCCAGCAGAGGAUGUGUACUCCUGGUCCCGUCACACCCCGUUUGACCAGAUCAAGGUAGUCAUCGUGGGCCAAGAUCCCUACCACAACGACAACCAGGCCCAUGGCAUGGCUUUCUCUGUCCGACCUCCCACGCCCGCUCCGCCCUCGCUGCGCAACAUGUACAUCGCUCUAAAGAAGGAUUACCCUACUUUCACCGACCCACCGAAUCGAGGUGGACUGCUGACACCUUGGGCGGACCGGGGUGUUCUAUUGCUCAACACUUGUCUGACAGUGAGGGCCCACGAAGCCUUCUCCCACGCGAAUCGUGGGUGGGAAAGGCUCACGCAGAAAGUACUCGACCUUGUCGCCAAGAAGAGGACAAGUGGUGUCGUCUUCAUAGCGUGGGGCACACCAGCUGGCAAGAGGGUGCAAAAGAUUGAUCGGAAGAAGCAUCUGGUGCUGAAUAGCGUGCAUCCCAGUCCGUUGAGCGCGUCUAGAGGAUUCUUCGACUGCAAGCACUUCAAGUUGGCAAAUGAGUGGCUCAUAUCGCGGUACGGGCCGGACGGUGAGAUCGAUUGGGCCCUGACGCCCGGCAAUACCACCAAGGCGCCGCCCCCGGUCCAGAAAGAUGCCGACAAGCAAAACAAGGGAUCGGGCGGGUUGGAAGAGGCGGAAAUUGAGAGUGGUGAUGAAGAGGCGCUGGAAGAGGCCCUCAAGCUGGCGGAAAACAAAAUGGAGGAGGCCAAGAUGAAAGCCGCCAAAAAGGAGCACGCUGUCGACGGUGGUGUAAAGGAGGAUGAUAAGUCAUCUCCGGUUUGA